GUGGUUUGUCCCUCGCGGGCUCUCGUCGCGAGUCUGUGUUGAGUGCAGAAGCACGUGUGUUCCUCACAUCAUGGAGUUUGAGGGCUGCAGCUGCUUCAGACAGAGACUCGUGUUGUCCACACUGAGCAGAAAACGAGAGAAAAUACUAAACAUCAGAUCUAAAGAUGACAAUCCCGGCCUGCGAGAUUUUGAAGCGAGCUUCGUCAGGCUCCUCGACAAAGUGACCAACGGCACCAGGAUCGAGAUCAACCAGACGGGAACGGUGUUGUUCUAUCAGCCGGGUUUGCUGUACGGCGGCUCGGUGGAGCACGAGUGUAACGUCCAGCGCUCGAUUGGUUAUUAUCUGGAGGCUCUGCUCAUGUUGGCCCCGUUCGGGAAGACCCUGCUCAGAGCCGUGCUGAAGGGCGUCACCAACGACCCCACAGACCCAUCGGUGGAUCUUCUGAAGGUCACUGCCAUUCCUUUGAUGAAGAAGUUUGGGAUUGAUGGAGCCGGUCUGGAAAUAAAGGUGCUGAAGCGAGGCAUGACUCCUGCAGGAGGAGGUGAGGUGCUCUUCACUUGUCCCGUUCGCCGCUCCAUGAAACCCGUUCAGCUCACGGAACCGGGAAAAAUCAAGAGGAUCCGAGGAACAGCGUUCUCGGUGCGAGUUUCUCUUCAGAUGGCCAACAGGAUCGUGGACUCGGCCAGGAGCAUCCUGAACAAAUUCAUCCCGGAUAUUUACAUCUACACCGACCACAUGAAGGGAGCCAGCUCUGGGAAGUCUGCAGGGUUCGGCCUGACGCUGGUUGCUGAGACGGUGAACGGCACGUUUCUUGGCGCUGAGGUCAUGUCCACGCCGCAGGGUCAGGGAGAUCCGGUGCUGCCGGAGGACUUUGGCAGAAACUGCGCUAAACUACUGCUGGAGGAGGUCUAUAGGGUAAGCAUCACCAAACACACGUUUGUAUCAGGGGUCGACCGAUAUGUGUUUUUCAGGGCCGAUACUGAUUAUUAUAGAUCAACAUGCAGAAUCGAGUUCCUGAGACACAUCCGAGACUUCUUUCAGAUCAUGUUCAAGAUCGAGCAACAGAAACCCGGAGAAGAUGAACAGAAAGGAGGAGAGAAGGUCCUGAUGACGUGUGUGGGAGCCGGAUACAGCAACAUCAGCAAAACCAUCAAAUAAAGACUCCAGAAUCUCAACAGGACUGAAGAUUUUGUGUUAAACUCAGUGUUUUAAAGCGGUUUUGUAUUUUACGGUGGAAUGAUGACAUUCCCGUAUUCUUUCAUGAAGAAAUGUCUGCUGAGCUUUGCUUUUGUACCACCUUGAGAGGCACUUUUGUGCUUCACAGUGCAUUUUCAGAUCGAGGUGGGAGUAUAAAUGCAUGUGCCGUUUCUUUGCUGAUCUCUGCGUUUCUCAGCCAUUUGAUAAUCUCGAGUCAUUUUGCAUUUCUGCACCUUUAACUCACGCUUCAGUCCGUCCCAUAGAGGAGUAUUGAGGCCCGCGCGUCUUAUCUUUCUCCAUUGCACAAUCCCAUUCCAGGACGCAUAAUAAUAACGCAGUGCACCAAACGGGAUGCACUCGCUUGCAAAAUAUGCAACUACUGUUAAAGACUUCAUGAAAUCAGAGCAGGCAUUGUAUGGGUUUGAUUCAUGUCAGUAGUAUUGAGGUCAACUGCACCACGGUUUUAACUAAAUCUAUAA